AAAACCUCACUAAAACUUACAUAGCUUUGUUUUAAGUUUUGAGAUAAUUUAAGAAUUUUGACUUGUGUUGUGCUGAGUUUACUUACUGUAGACAGAGAUGGUACACUUUAUGAAUAAAUUUGUAACACAGGUGAGAUUGCAUCAUAGUGUAUAAGGCAGGUCUUAUAAACCUGAUUUUGCAGAUAAAAAUGAAGCUUGUAGAAAAAGUAAUUUGCUCAGAAUUUUACUGCUAUUGAGUGGAGGUUGGAAUCUGAACUCACUAAAACAUUUCCUUUUAUUGACAGUACUGUACUGCCUGCGGGUCUGUCACUUCUCCCCAGGACACAGUUGGGGGAUUGACCUAUUGAUUGAGCAACUGCUGAGUACCUACGUCAGCCAUGCACCAGUUUUCUGGAUCUUGGCCCCAGCGGUCACAGCCUGGGUCCUGGAGGGCUCUCCAGGACCUCCCGAGUCUGAACAUCUGUACCUAGACUUACAGUGUACAUGUGUACAUCCUGAUAGGUGCAGGCUUUCCAUUUCUCAUUUGAAUAGCUUCUUCGAGAUGCCGUGUGGAAGAAGAAAAUGUUCUGACACUUGCUGAAGCAGUAGGGAAGGUUUUACCUACGAUGAUUGCAGUAGGGGUGUUCCAUGAAGAGGGAGAGAAGGGGCCCACCUUUGAACACAGAAAGAUGCCUGGCGAUCGGUAGCCUGCCAGCAGAGGGAGAGGGGUCUGUGCGAACCAGGCAGAUGAAGCAUUUGAUCAGAUCUUGAGGGUGGUCAUGUACCAAGGGCGUGGGUUUUCUCCAGACAGACUCAGCAGGAUUCUUGCUGAAACUGGACUCAGCCAGGGCGUAUAUGGAAGUUCAGGGUUGAGCCCUUGUUGAGAGGAGGGCCUAGAGGGACCUGACUGAACAGGGGAACACCCUUUUGGUGGUUUGAUGAAUACUGGCUGGAGAGCCUCUGAAGCUCGGACGCCGGUGCAGGCGGCCGCCACGCGUAGCUUGGAGCUUACUUGUUCCCCGGUUUGUGCCUCCGUGAGACUCGCAACCCCCGAGCGCACAGGCCUGUCCCGCGUGCUGGGGUGCGGUAGGGUUUCGUUCCAUGGAGUUUUCAGUUCUUGUUCUUGCCUUGCUGUGCUGAGGGGGGGGUCCCUGUUUUUAGUAUAUGUGCUGCCGAAGCGAGCACGAGGGGGGAUCCCUGUAGGUUUCCCUUUGUAGGUGAAGUUGGUGGGAAGCCAGGGAAGGAAGCCCCACGUCCAGCUCCUAGGGGCCUCCCUGAGGGCCCAGCCCAGCCGUCAUGUUACCAGGGAGGGAACACCUAAGACUUGGAAAUGAAGCAAAGAAAAGGGAGGACUGUGUGUCUUGUCACCGUUUUGGACCAUUAUUUAACAGAUUCACCCACGAUUGUUUAGUUUUCUAACCAAAUGUGUCUCUCUGACUUUGCCACUUACUCUAAGAUUAGAGCCCAGACGCUGGUGUUUCCUGUUACUUUAUGGGUUUCUGUCUUGUACAGAUACAAAGCAUUUCUGUCUGAUAAAAAUAAAUCCAAAGGGUUUGGUUUCAUUGCUCUGUAGGACUUCAGCCUAAUUUUCUCCAACUGAAAAGAGCUAACCUCAGUGAACUCUGGCUCUUCUGCGCCCUCUGAACCGGCGUUCCCUGCACAGACUCCCUCGUUAAUUCACGUUUGCACGGCUUAUCUUUUAGCCUUUAGAAAUUGUGCUUUGACACUGCCGGAUGCCGGUGCUUUAAGGUGGCCAGAGCUGCUGCUACCAAUUGUCCUUCUGCAAACGCUGAUCUCUGGGUAGGAAGUGUGUCCCCCCUCCCCUCCCAUCUGUGGGCUGUCUCAAGUUCAUUUGUCCCUGUGUCCAGAGGGACUCAGCCGCUUCUGUCAGUGGCAGGCAGGGCGAUGUGUCUGUGCUGAGGCGCUGCACUCUUAAUUUCUCCAGGGUUCAUUGUCAAAAGACUGUGAUUGAAGGAACUUCUGGACUUCUCUUUCCUCUUCUCUCUACUUCCUCGUUUCCUGGUCACCAGUGUGUUGGGACUGGUCUGGCUCUGUAGGGGAAGCUGUUCCCAGCAGGAGGCCCCUGCCCAGGUGACACUCUCUGGACGUGUGCACCUGCUGCUCCAUAAACUUCCCGGCACUGACGCCCUGUUUCCCAAACCCGGCUGUCCACUCCUGGAGGGCAGGGAUGCUGCUUCCUACUCUUUCUUUGCCUACAAACGGAGUCCAUAAACUUGUCGAUUUCUGGUUCUUUUCAUAUUUCUCCUGUUCAUCGCUUUCUUUUAUUCAUUUAUUUGCAAGUGCUUACUGGGCCCCUGGCAUGCCAGUCACAGUGCUGGCUGUUGGGGUUGUGACAGAGUGACAUCAUCUACCCUGAGGAAGCCCACAUCAAUGGAAGUGAUUCCCAGAUUGUAUUUUGGGGUAGAAGACUCCUAUCUUGUCCUUUCCAGGAGCUCAGCUAUGGGUGUGAGAGGUCUGCAGGGAUUCGUGGGCAGUACUUGCCCACAUAUAUGUACAGUAGUGAGUUUCAAAGAACUGGCAGAACAGCACCGAAACAAGCAUCCUGGAUGUACUCCUACCAUUGUGGUUGAUGCCAUGUGUUGUCUCAGAUACUGGUACACUCCUGAAUCUUGGAUCUGUGGUGGCCAGUGGCGGGAAUACUUUUCUGCUCUGCGGGAUUUUGUUAAGACUUUUACAGAUGUUGGCAUCAAGCUGGUAUUCUUCUUUGAUGGCAUGGUGGAGCAGGAUAAGAGAGAUGAGUGGGUGAAACGAAGACUUAAGAACAACAGGGAGAUCUCCAGGAUUUUCCACUACAUCAAGUCACACAGGGAGCAACCUGGCAGAAACAUGUUCUUCAUCCCCUCGGGGCUGGCCAUAUUUACACGCUUUGCUUUGAAGACGCUGGGCCAGGAAACUCUGUGUUCCUUACAAGAGGCUGACUAUGAGGUGGCCUCGUACGGCCUCCAGAAUAACUGUCUUGGCAUUCUUGGAGAGGAUACCGAUUACUUGAUUUAUGAUACCUGUCCCUACUUCUCAAUCAGUGAGCUCUGCCUGGAGAGUCUUGAAACUGUCAUGCUCUGUAGAGAGAAGCUCUGUGAGAGUCUGGAUAUCAGCCUGGCAGACCUCCCUCUUCUGGCCUGCCUGCUUGGCAAUGACAUUAUCCCAGAAGGCAUGUUUGAAAGCUUUCGGUACAAGUGCUUGUCUUCCUAUACCUCUGUAAAGGGGAACUUUGACAAAAAGGGGAACAUCAUCUUAGCGGUAGCAGACCAUAUAUCCAAAGUUCUUUGCUUGCAUCAAGGUGAGAAAAAACUAGAAGAGAUGUUACCUUUGGGACCAAACAAAGCUCUUUUUUAUAAGGGUGUGGCAUCUUAUCUUUUGCCAGGACAGAAAUCUCCAUGGUUUUUUCAAAAAUCUAAGGGUUUAGUAAGUUUGGACAAGGAGGUGGGGUCCAUACAUUCAGACCCUGAAUCCAAGCAAGAAGUUCCCAUGUGUACAGACUCUGAAACUAAGCACGGGGUUCCUGUGUGUACAGACCCUGAAUCCAAGCAAGGGGUUCCUGUGUGUACAGACUCUGAAACUAAGCAAGGGGUUCCUGUGUGUACAGACCCUGAAUCCAGGCAAGGGGUUCCCGUGUGUAUAGACCCUGAAUCCAACCAAGGAGUUCCCAUGUGUACAGACCCUGAAUCCAAGCAAGGAGUUCCUGUGUGUACAGACCCUGAAUCCAAACAUGGAGUUCCUGUGUGUAUAGAUCCUGACUCCAAGGAAGGAUUUGCCCUGUGUACACACCCUGAAUCCAAGCAAGGAGUUCCUGUGUGUACACACCCUGAACCUAAGCAAAGAGAUCCCAUUUGUACACACACUGAAAUCAAGCAAAAAUCACCUCUAGGUGCAGACCCUGAAUUUAAGCUAGAAGCAGUUAUAUGUACAAACCCUGAAAUUAAACAAGAAGACCUUGUGAAUAUGGAGCCUGAAGUCAAAGAGCAAGUAACCAUGGUUUCAGACCCUGAGAUCUUAAAGAUUGCUAGAGCACAUCACGUCCAGGCAGAGAGCUACCUGGUGUACAGCAUCAUGAGCAGCGGGGAGAUCGAGUGCAGCAACACCCUGGAGGACGCCUUGGACCAGGCCCUGCCCAGCCAGGCUUUCGUGUACCGCCCGGUGCGCCAGCGCGUGUACUCCCUCCUGCUGGGGGGCGACGCAGGAGGCGCCAGCACCUGCCCCACUGUCAAGGAGUGGUUUGUGUACUCUGGGAACCCGCUGAGGCGCCCGGACCUCGUCAGGCCUCUGCAGAUGAACAUUCCAGGAGGAACACCUAAUUUGAAAUUACUGUGGCUGAACCAAGACCCAGGGUUACAAGCCCACCGCUUGGACGCGCUCCUCGGCUGCUUCGACCUUUUCUCCUCAAGAGAAGAGCUGCAGGCAGUCGAGAACCCCUUUAAGGCUUUGUGCUGCCUCUUGAUCUACCUCUUCGUACAGGUGGACACCCUUUGCCUGGAGGAUCUGCAUGCCUUUAUUGCUCAGGCCCUGUGCCUCCAAGGAAAAUCCACCGUGCAGCUUGUGGACUUACAGCUUGACUACAUCGACCCUCGGGCAGUGCAGCUCGGCUCCCUGCUGGUCCGCGGCCUCACCACUCUGGUCUUGGUCAACAGCGCGUGCGGCUUCCCCUGGAGGACCAGUGACUUCAUGCCCUGGAAUGUGUUUGACGGGAAGCUCUUUCAUCAGAAGUACCUGCAGUCAGAGAAAGGGUACAGCGUGGAGGCCCUCGUGGAGCAAAAUAGGUCCCGGCUGACCAAGUUCCACGCGCUGAAGGCGGUCGUGUGCAAGGCCUGCGUCAAGGAGAACCGGCGCAUCGUCAGCAGGCAGCACUGGCGCUCUCCCCAGCCAGGCAGGUGGGGGAGGCAGGGAGCCGGCGCGCACAGGAUGAGCUCCGAGUACAGCCGGGCAGGCCAAGGACAGCACUGGAGGGACCAGGGCCCAGGAAAUAGACAGUACGAGCCUGACCAUUGGAGAAGAUACUCAUCCUCUUCUGGUCUUACUUUUGCCGGGCCCCAGCUCAGAGUCCCUGACAGCGGUCGUGUGACAGGCCCGGGCCCAUCCGCAGGAGGAGGAGGCAGCAGUUGAAUGUCAGCAAGCCUACUUUAUGAUGCCACUAAUGAAUGGCUCACUUGUUGCUCUAACUGAAGAUUAAAGGGGUUUCAUUUUUAAAAACCAUCCUAGAUACAUCCAAGCUUCACAGAGUUUUCAGGUAAUUCAAGAAUUGAAAUUUUAAGGCCAGAAUUGUACCGAGCGCAGCCUUGGAGUAUUGACAAUGGAAAGAAAUCUAGCUUAGAGGUUAGAAGACAGACCCUGCGUUAGUAGCCUACUCGGCACCACCACCAUGGCUCGAAAGGUUCCCAGAAACUCUGAGAGAUGUGUGCGAAUGUUACCCAGAGGACGUGUCCAGCUGCUUCUGCCUGUAAAAACUGAGGAAGCCCUAAGCCUAGGCACAGGCCAGUUUAUAUAUUGCACUGGAUGGAUUCCCCAAACCGCUCAAGUAUGCAGAGCUCCUGGCUUUGUCUUGUCUUAAAAUCCCAGCUAGCAUUUACCAAAACUGGGAAACAGUCUCUCGAUAGUUUAAUACGUACAGUUUUUAUGUUUGAAACAUCCUCACCACUUCCUGCAGUUCCUUCUGAAGGACACUUGCAUAUCUAAUUACUUUUCACGCAAGUCUUAUAGGACCUACAACCUAAUUUCCCAGCUUUAGAAAUAGAUUUUUUCAUUCUCCUUCUGGCGUUUCCUAUCUAGAUACUAAUAUUCUAUUUCUUUCACUUCUGCUCAUUGGAGACCACUGCUGCUUCUAGAAGUUUCAUUUUUCUUCCUGCUGUUUUUAUAACUUUGAGAUAAAUUCUCAUCCUUUAGACGAAAGGAGUAGACCCAUGAAAAUCAAUCUCCCCCUUUAUAAUAUCUGAAUUCUAACUUGUUAGUAAAGUAUUUGAGGUCAGUUAGCAAGCUUAAGUAAGCCAUUGAGUUUGUAAAAUCUUUCUUAUGUUUGAAAAGCCAGUACAAGAAGUUUCUGUGAUCUUGCUGUCGUUAUGUAGGUUAAUUACCUCUACAGCCUAGUCUUCUGAUGAAAUGCCCAUGUAUCAAUUUAAAAGCGAAAAUAAUAUAUUUAUCAGUCAUAAAUAAAUACAGUUUUACAUUUAUUUCAUUAUUUGGAAGACAUUUCACCAUCCAAUAUGUUGGAAUCUUUGUGAAGGAAAAGGAUGUCGGAUUUUGUCCAAUGCUAUUUCUACAUCUAUUGAAAUGAUCAUAUGAUUUUUUUAUUCUUUAUUCUCUUAAUGUGGUGUUAUCAUGUUGAUUGUUCUGCAUAUGUUGAACAUUCCUUGUGUCCAAGGGAUAAAUAUCACUUAUCAAAGUAUAUGAUCAUUUUAAUAUGCUGUUGAAUUUGGUUUGCUGCUAUUUUGUUGAUGAUUUUUGCAUCCUUGUUUAUCAGGGCUCUGGGCCUAUAGUUUUCUUACAGUGCCUUGUCUGGUUUGGAUAUCAGGUUAUGCUGGCUUCGUAAAAUGAGUCUGGAAGUUUUCUUUCUCUUUCAGUUCUUUGGAGGAGUCUGAGAAAGAUUGGCUUUACUUCUUUAAAUGUUUGGUAGAAUUCACCAGUGAAGUCUUCUGGUCCUGGACUUUCAUUUGUUGGGAGGUUUUUAAUUACUGAUUCAAUCUCUUUUCUCAUUGAUUGGUCUGUUCAGAUGGUCUGUCUCAUCAUGAUUCAGUCUUCAUAGGUUGUGUGGUUUUAGGAAUUCAUCCGUUUCUUCCAGGUUGUCCAGCUGUUGGUGUAUAAUUGUUCAUAGUAGUCACGUCUAUAGUAUCAUUUGUCAUUUCUCCUUGAGUGAUCUUUUGCCCUUGUCAGUCAAGCUAAAGUCAACUUAUUUAUCUUUUUAAAAGACUAAUUUCGUUUAAUUCAUCUUUUUUAUUGUCUUUCAGCCCCACUUACUAUUUUUCUUUUAAUCUUUGUUAUUCCUUCUGCUGUCAUUGUGCUUAGUAUGUUCUUUUUCUAGUUUUCCUUGAGGUGUAAAGUUAGGUUAAUUGAGAUGUUUC